UAGACUUUUAGUUAUUAUCACUCGUUCGAUUAGGAUUUUAGGAUAAUCAUCAACAAGAAGCAAUAGAGUUCAUCUGAAAAAUGCCUUCACGCUGUGAAAUUUGCUGCGAGGUUAUGAUCGCCGUCUUGCUCCCUCCACUCGGCGUUUGUCUCCGCCAUGGUUGCUGCACUGUUGAAUUCAUCAUUUGCUUGCUGCUUACUAUUCUAGGUUAUAUUCCUGGUAUAAUUUAUGCUCUUUAUGCGAUUAUCUUUGUUGAUCGUGAUCAGUACUUUGAUGAAUAUAGGCGUCCUUUGUAUGCACAAUCACAAUACUAGCAAAAAUAGUGUGUGUGAGUGUUUUUGAUUCCACGACGAAUCGAAUAGUUGUUUAUGUUGAGUUUCAUGACUUGUGUUCAACUCUUGAAUAUGUAAUGGAUAUCAGUUGAAUUUUAUUCUUAUAUGUAAUUCUUAUUGAGAUUGGACUUGGUA